GAGCAGCGCCGCUGCGGGGGCUGCGGGCGGCGUACCUCGCCUGUGGGGCCGCGUCCGCGGCCGCCUGGGCCGCGUGCGCGGUCGGGGCCCUGGCCACCUACAAGCCCCACCGCGUGGUGCACAACGCCAUCGGGGUGCUACAGGCUCUCACGGCUCUGCCCCUGCUCCUGGCCUGCGCGUCCGCGCUCGCGGACGCCGCGGGCGCGGGUUGGGCCGGCCUCUCCGAGCCAGACGCGCGACGGCUGAACCUCGGCUUGGCGUCAGCGUCGCUGUGGUGCGCCGUCGCCGCCGCCUGCGCCCCGGCGCUGACGGCCGCGGUCGUGCGCACGAGCGACCCCGUGCGUUACCCCGCGCCGCUCCUGGCGCUGGCCGUCUCCGCGCACUCGGGCACCGCCGCCGUCUGCCUGUGGGCCUGGAGGGGCUCCCUGCUGCGGGGCGGCUCGCGCGCCACGCCUGGGCGCGUCGCCUGCGGCGUGCUCGGCUCGGCCUGGCGACUGGCGCCGCGCAGGCCCACGGACGACCCGGACGCCGCGGCCCCGGGCGCCAACGAGUACGCGUUCCUCGCCGCGGCCUUCGGCACCUUCGGCGCCCUCGCCCUCUUCAGCCCCUUCCCCCUCGCCACGCUGCCGAGCCUGCUCGGCAAGCGCAUGGCGCGGGCCUUCGGCGCGUGGUGCCUGCUCGCGUGUGUGGCGUCGUACGUGCUGAAGGGCCGCUCGGAGGCUCAGGGCGGCCCUGGCCAGCCCCCGGCGGCGGCCUGCGGGUGCCCCCCGCGGAGGCUGGAGCGCGGGCUCCUGUGGAUGGCCGCGCUGCACCUCGCGCUGCUCCUGGCGCGCUCCCUCCUCGAGACCGCGGACGUGUACCCCGCGGCCGCCGCGUGCGUGCCGGCCACCGCCGCGUGCGCGCUGACCUACGCCCUCGCCGCGGCCACGGCCUGGCGGGGCCUCGCGGGCGGGCGGGCGCCGGCCCCUGCGGGCGGCACUUCUGGCAGCGCCGCGUGA